AUGCAUCUUACUUCCAUUGUCAUCGCCACUCUCCUGGCAACCGCAGAGGCCGUCCUGAUCAUCAAGCCUGCAGCAGGCGAUAACGUCGAUGUGUCGAAGAAUUGGGAAGUAGAUUGGAGUGCUGUCGACACCGACCCUCCGCAAUUCUGCCUCUACCUCACCAACUUCAUCGACUAUCCUCCGCAGAUCUUCCCCCUGCUCAACCAACAGCCCGUUCAGCGAGACGCUCAUAGCGCAACGAUCCCCGGAAGCUGUUAUCCGGGUCUUCGGACGAGCGCCCAACCCGGCCUUCGCCGCUGUCCAGCACCACUCACCCUUGUUCAUGUCCCCGCAGGCCUUCCGGCAAUACCCCCCAGAGCACCCAUACGGCGCGUCCUUGUAGCACGCCCGUUUCUCCAGGGCGCCGUCGAGGCCAUCCAAGCGAGCCUCCACGGGACUGGUGUCUGUGUCCACCGUGCUGUUGUAGAACGAGGCAUCCACCGCGUCCAGCAGCGCCAGCGAUGUGCCCUUAACGCCGGUUCCGGCCGAGCGGGUGUUCGCCGCAUUCGACAACGCGGUGCCUUCCGCGGCGAGCGGGGUAAGGGUCAGCGCGGAGGAGAGGGCGAGCAUGCUGAUAAUGGUGAUGGGGAGCUUUAUCGUGGAUUGCGGUGGCUAGAGACGGCUGAAAGUCUUGCCUUUUAUACCACAUCUCGUAAAGAAAGGAGCGUCUACAUCCGAGAGACGAUACUACCAUCCACACCCCCAUGGGUUCCUGCCUCCGGUGGGCUGAUCACCGUGCUUGGUCCCCGUCUCGAUGAGCAGGAUUUUGACGAGGAAGAGCGCUGGCGAGGUCGGUAA